CAGCCCUAGCCCACAACUCCCGCAUUUGGCGAUGAGCACCACAUCUCGUCCUCCGCCUGGGCCUCAACUCUUGCUCAGCCAUAGUGUCGUGACCGGUCGUCUUUGCAAGCUCGUCUGUGCCGUUACCUCUUUCGAGGGCUGUGUCUGGAUUAUAACCGGCUGUAUUUGAAGGCUACAGGUUGCCGCAUGUUCAAGUAGUUCGCAAUGAAGUUCGUCGAGAUUCAAGAUCUUGAGCAGAUCAAUUCUGCUCUCCAGUUCGACACCCCCGACUGCAAGGUAGUCGGGGGUUGCGACCUCUACACAACAAAGGCUGCGGGCGGUGAUAAGAAGCUCUACAAGUCCAUCGACAAGCAACUGCACGCCAUGCACCAAGACAACAUCCUCCUCUCAUCCUCUCUAAGUCCCCCGUCAUAUUCACCUCCUUUAGAGCGCUCAGGAAGCAUGAUGAUGUCGCGAUCGUCUGAAAACGGCUUAUCUUCAUCUCUCCUCGCGACCACCUCGUCCACCUCCGUCGGCGCUUCUCCAUUCGGUCCUCUCGAUCAGGUCUCGUCGCGGCGGACUUUCGCCUAUCUAAUUGCUGUUUUGAACGCGAGUCAUCCUGACCACGAUUUCUCAUCUCUGCGGCCCGAAGAUUUCAAACGCGAGCGGAGCGCGACUCAAGUUGUGAAUGCGUUUAACAACACACUAUUUGGCGUCGGCAUGCCGGUUCCCCCGCGGCUGUGGGAAAUAGUUGACAGCCAUAUCGAUCUGAAGGAUUCCGUUAUCUACAGCCACACCCCGUCGCCAUCAUUUCUUGCCGACGAACCCGGAACAAUAUGGUCGAUGAUGUGGUUCUUCUUCAACAAGCGGCGCAAACGCGUGUGUUAUCUCUUUUUAAAGGGAACCCGCCAUUCUUAUCAUCUUGGUCGCAAAUCGGCGAACCGGAUAGCCGACGACGACGAUGAUGAAGAGUCGGAUGAUAACGCGUACCAGGACUCGGAUGAUGACGCGAUUGUGGGCGAUUUGGAAAUGGACGAUUAGAGCACGCACGUCACCAUUUAUUUACUUCCGUGAACCAAUCUGCCAAUUGUAUUUUAGUAUUUCUAUCAAUUGUUUAUUUCUCCAUUGUUUUGUUUUGCUGUCGUGAGUUUAUCUUACCCCGGCGACUUUGCGGGGUUGAGCGGUUCAGCUGCUGCGGCAAUGUCACCCACCAACCUCAUCGCGAUGCUCAUCGCCUACUUGUCCAUAUCAGAUGCAUCGGCAGCCAUCCCAACUCUUCAAUUUUUAUUCCCUGCCAUUUCUCAUUCUGCACUGAUUUUAUUUGUCCUCGUUCGUUGUGACGGCUAUAUGGAGUCUUUUGGCCUGCUAAUUUGGUAUAUCUUAUUGCUUUGAUUCAUCUGGGCGAAUACUUGUCGGAAUUCGUCAUAGGGCGCGAAAAGCCCAAAUCGGAUUUUUUUUUGUUCUCGCCCUUUACUUU